GGAGUUUGAAGGUCAGGGAUAAAACCUCGUUGAUGUAUCCCAGAAAUAAUUGCACUUCCUUUUCAAGAUAGGACUCUAAGAAUGGUAAACGCAUGUUCUACACUCCUCUAAUUAUUGCCUCGCUAUAUUUAUACAUAGUUUUACUUUUAAUUCAAAUAAAAAUUACCCAACAUCAGAAGUAAAUGGUAAUGAUUUAAACAAUAAUUAAAUACGAUUUUAUUCUGGAAAUGAUUGAAAUAGUAUUUAACCGGGUUUCUGUCACGAAACCACCUGUUUUCGAUAAUUCGUAUGUUUUGAAAUUGUCCAUGUGGGUUUAGGAGUCUACACUAUUUAGACUAGCACCCAACGAAAGUUGUUCCUUCAAUCGUUAUACACAACAAUAAUUGGAUUUUUUGUAUAUUUAAAAAAAUGGUUGGAAUUAUUUAUAUUUUUUAACAAUGGCAAUGUAAUAUAUACUUUGUAGUUCAGACUUCAAUCAUCAUAAAAUUCAUUGUCAUUAUAUUAUAUUAUUAGACCCCACCCUACAUUACAUUUGCAUGAUCAUCAUAAUACUAGGGACUUAGACAAAAUGUUCAAAAUUAAUUUACAGACAAAGACCUAAUUAUUCAUAUCCGACUUGAAAAAAGCAAUUGAUGGAUACCAAAUUUACUAUGAGUAUUAUAACUAUUGCCAUUGCAGGCUCUGGGUCAAAAGAAAGCUAUGAUUUUUGUGUGAAUUAUUGUGGGAUAACUUGUUAAUUAAAGCAUAUAAGAAAAUAUAAAAUUGACUAAAAUAAAAGUUGAACAGAGUCUUUUUGAGAGCCUACACUCCUUGGUCAUAUAUUUCCUUUAACUUUUACUUAAUUUCAAACUUAAAUUAACAGUGGUAUCCAGGGAGGGUAAAUGUGCUAUUAGCAGCAUUGGUUUUGCAAAGAGUUGUCUCACCAUAGCCUAAGCACAGUGAUGUUAUUUUUGGGGAAGGACAACACUGGACUAGAGUUUAGACUGACAGUUGGACCUGAAAUAUGAGAAUGAUAAAUUUCUAGUUCUUCACUGAGCAUUAGUAUUAGUAUUGGGCCUUUAAUUUGGUGUCACAGGCUCAAUCUGAUGAUCCAGACAAAUAUUAAUAUAACAAUUAACAGAUUAAAAUGAAUUUUUUUAUUUAUUUUUUUUACAUUAUUUUUGUCUUGAAAGAGAGGGGAAACAGCUUAACAAAAGGCAUGUAACCCGGCAAUUAUUUUCACCCGGAGAAAAACUAUUUGUUUCAGUACCUAUAUAAUAAUAAUACAGUCUACAUUAGGGACAUAAUAUAAUAUAAUUAUAAAAUUAUUACAGCUUUUUUAACUGCUUGGGUAAACGGCUAAAAUUAAGUGUAUGUUACCAUAUGUGUUAGAUAAGCUAUGCCUAAUCAUUGAAAUUUUAUCAUUUUGUAUUCAAAAUAUAAGUGUUAAAUAUUGUUCUUGCAUGUCUUUUUGUGAGCCCCUCUCACAAGAACACCUCUUAAAUAGCAAGUGUUAUUCAUUCAUCAUCGGUUAUUUCAGACCUGUUAACUCUUAGUAGUCUAAGGAUUCUAACAUACAAUGUACGAUUUUGAGAUCUUUUUUAAUAUUCUAAUUCUAAGAAGACUCGUCACAUACGAUUUUAUAAGACCUGGUUAAAAAAAAAUUCCCCCAACAAUGAGGGUGGGGGAGGUUGGUUACUGAACGAAAUAAAUACAUGGAAGAUUUUUAAUUUGGCAGUGUCUACACGUCCAGCGACCAAGUUACAUGACCGCCAUAACAAAGUGGCGAGAGAUAUCUUGUCGUUCAGCCUUGUCACGUGACUGCAAAUGGCUCAAAAACUAUUGUUAAUUUUAAAAUCUAUUUCUCUACCAAGUAAUGUACUUAGUAUCUUGAAUGCAAAUAAUAGAGAGAAAAAACUUAAGUGAAAGUGACUUGAAAACAUUUUUGUUUUGUUUGUUAUAUGAGUUUGUGUACCAGUAAUCCAUAAAAUAAAUUAGGGGCCAGUGUGGAGUAGGCAACCAAUAAAAGUUAAAGAUUUCAUUUUAAAUUGCUACAAAAUAUUUAAAAACUUCUCAUGAAACUACUGUUGCUGAUGAACAUGAUAAUAAAAAUAUUAAUAAAAAUAUAGUAUAAAAUAGUUUUAAUUAAAAUGGGGGAAAAAACAACAAUCCUAUCCUCGGAAUUGAUCAUCAAAUCAUAAUAACGUUAAGCAACCAAUCUACCACUAGACCACAAGAUCUACCAAACUGCAGUUCAUACGGAAUAAUAAAAACUACCAGCCGUCCGGCGGUCACGUGACAUGCCGCCAGACGUGUAGACACUUCGUUUUAAUUUACCAUUGGCGCUCCUUUUCAAAACUGCAUUUUUUUUUUUUUUAAAUGCAUUCUCAACUGUUCAGCACAUCAGUGAUAGAUUUUGACAUAGAUUAUUGAUCAAUUAAGCGGCAUUUGAAAUCUAUUUUAGAAGUCACUAAGCAGCAUUACAAUUUUAAUGCCCAGUUUUUUUCUCCAUCUUUUCUCAUCCCUUCUGUCAAUAAAGCUUGCUGUAGUUUUAGACCACUAUUAAACGGAAAAUGGCUUAACACAACGGUGUGCAACCUGAUGUCUGCCAUGUUAAUUGUUGUGGUCCACUGGAUGUAUUACAAAUUAUCUUAUUUCUUCAUUCAAAUAGAUAUUAUAAUUUGUGGUAUAAAGGCAUAUUUGUGUGUGUGUAUAUAUAUUUAUGUAUAUUACAUUAUUUUUUUGUGUGGUCAGGCCUACUUAAAAGUUGAGUUAUUUAAAAAAUUAUUCCACUAAAAAAGGCAUACAUAUAUUUAUGGAUAUAAUCAGUUUAUAAAUAAGGAAGUUUAGACCCAUCUAAAUUUCUUACCGGUACCAUGCUAAAUGACUUUAUCAACAAGGAAUUAAUGACGUUUGACCAGAAGCACAUCCUCAAGGCUGAAAAUACGAAAAUUAGAAGAUGCAUUUCAUUGCAUAAGUUAGGGAGAUAGUCCUAAAAGUCUUCUCUAAUAGAUUUUCUCCCCACUGCAGGUUCUUUAAAUUAUAUAUAAAUCAGAUGACAUGGUUUGCUCUUAUCAAGUAUUUGCAUUUAUCAGGGUUUUUAAAGUAAUGGCUGACCAUGCCCAUAUAUUUUUUUGUAUAGCAUAAGCAAAACCAUUGCCAUCUUCACCCUAUUCAAAUGUUGUUGUUUUUUAUCCACAGCCAUACGAGCGAUUUGUUGAGAUAGGCCGUGUGGCAUUUGUUGCCCAUGGAGAUGACAAAGGCAAAUUAGUUGUCAUUGUUGAUGUGAUUGACCAAAACAGGGUUAGUUUGCGAGUUUUUAUUAUAUUACCUGUACCUAAGAGGCCGCCAUAACAAAGUGGCGAGAGAUAUCUUGUCGUUCAGCCUUGUCACGUGACUGCAAAUGGCUCAAAAACUAUUGUUAAUUUUAAAAUCUAUUUCUCUACCAAGUAAUGUACUUAGUAUCUUGAAUGCAAAUAAUAGAGAGAAAAAACUUAAGUGAAAGUGACUUGAAAACAUUUUUGUUUUGUUUGUUAUAUGAGUUUGUGUACCAGUAAUCCAUAAAAUAAAUUAGGGGCCAGUGUGGAGUAGGCAACCAAUAAAAGUUAAAGAUUUCAUUUUAAAUUGCUACAAAAUAUUUAAAAAAAUAUUUUUAAUGUGAUGUUAGAUAUGAAUUAAGUUGUCAUACUAUACAAGUUAAACGUUUUAAUGAAAUUAUCAUUCAGCUUUUUUAAAAAUGGGCAUUUAACCUUUUUGUUUCGCACACGUUAAUGNUUUUUCUUUUUUUUUUUUUUUUUUUUUUUUUUUUUUUAUUAUUUUGUUCUUUUUUUUUUUUUUUUUUUUUUUUCUCUGAGAAUUUAUUUUUUCAAAUUAAUAUACAGACUGAUGCAUUAUCUUAUUAUUCAAUAGUAAAAAUAAUAUUGAUAUAUCACACCAAAACGAGAUAUCUUUACUGAUCCUUAUUUACUUCUGCAGUCUAAAAUGCUGGGUGAUAAAAAAUGUUUCAUUUUAAGAAUCUCAAGUGUAUGGAGGAAAUUUAAAAAAAAAAUUAAUGGUGAUGAAUUUUAUAUUGUAUUUUGAAAACUUUAAAAAGUAAUUAUUUGACAAAAUUUCAUUUAGAUAAACUAAUUUAACAGUCACUCAUUAGCGACAUCAAAUUGAUACACAUCGCCCGGUCUCAUUGGGAAAAGAGCAUGCCCGUCUGAAGGUUAAAGUCAAUAAUGCCUUUAUGUUAAUUCUAUGCAGUCUGAUAAAUUUUUUUUCAAUUUUAAAAGAAAUCUUUAAAGGUGAUAUUUGUAAUUAAUUGAAUGUCACCUGAAAUAUAUCUGAUCUUAUCAGCUAUAUAAUCAUCUUUUAAUAUUUUUUUGUACUUUAUUUACUUACUUAGUGAAAAUUUGGAGUUUUUUUUGUUUUAAUUAUAAGUGUAAUUUUGAAAAUAAUUUUGCACUGUAUGAUUAUCCAUCUAAGAAGUUUUUAAAAUUAUUAAAAUAUAAUACUUCAUCAUCUCAUAUCAUCAUUUCUAUGAAUUUAUUUUUUUUUUAUUUGUGGAAGGUAUUUGUCAUAUAUUGCUAAGAUGCAGUAUACAAAUUUUAUUUGUGAAAUAAAGCUUUGCUCUAUAAAUAAAAAUUAACCCUUAUGGUAACAGUAAAGGUAUACUAGUAAAAAAAAAAUGUUUAUACUUAUACUGUUGUAUAUGCUUAAAUUAGUAUACAAAUAAUGAAUAAACCAUUAUUUUAUUAAAAUAAUGUGAUUCUAUUCUUUUUAGGCUUUUGCUACCAAGAGAUUAAAUAUAGGUUGUGUUUCGGGUAAAAUGUUAGAAAAUAAUCAUCCUGUAACCUGCACAGUAAUAUGCCGGAAUACAGGCUUAAUAUUUAGGAUGAAAAGGGAAUUAAGGCUUCUGGGUCUGUUAUAACUUAUAUGCAUCGUCACUGAACUGUUAAAAACAUAAAUUUGUCUUAUUGUAGUUUCUACUAAUACUACUGAUAACUAAAUUGAAACGCAGUUAUACAUGUAAAAGAAUUAUAUUCAGUAAUAAAUGAAUAGUCCUUAAUUUUAUUUUUUAUCAGUUUUCAGCCAUUUUUAUUUUUAGACACUAUUUAUCUCAUAUAGCAACACUAUCUUAUGCAUCAUACAUUUAUUAAAACUCAAAGAAAAGUGAACUGCAAUCUUUAAUUGAAAUAUUAUGUUUACACUAGGUAAAAUUAUAAAAAAUAUGACUUCUUUUACCAAAAGAAUUUUCAAUUUUAGAAAUGAUUUUUAAAAUAAAAUUAAGCUUACUUUUUUACACUGGCAUUAGUCAAUACAUUUAUAUACAAAUUUAGGAUUAAUUCCAUGAUCAGAAGCUCCGCUUGGGUACAUUUCUUCUAAGGAACAAAUAGCUCCUUCAUAAAUAACUAAAUUAAAAUCCUUUGACAAUGUGAUGACUAGUAUUUUAUUUUUUUGUGAUCAAAAUUAUUUUAUUUUUUAAACUAAUUUCAUAUUUUGUAAUAUAAUACCUUGUUUCUUAAAGCUUUUUUUAACAAAUAAAACAAUUUUAUUUUUUAAAGUAUAAAAACUUUUUUUUUUCCAAACUAAAUUCUUUUCUUUUUAAAUUAAUUCACCUACAAAGCCAGUACUAAUAUAGAUCCUUUCUUUAAACUCAGACUGCAUUGUGUUUAUUUUAAUUUUUCAUUCUGAAGACAUAGUAAUUACUUUUCUUUUUUUUUAACAGGCUCUUGUUGAUGGUCCCUGCUCAGGUGUAGGACGUAAAGACAUUAACUUCAAAGCACUUCAUCUCACACAAUUCACUGUUAGUGUUGGUCCCUCUGCACGUACAGGGACUGUGAGGAAAGCCUGGGAAAAGGCUGAAAUUACCAAGAAAUGGGAACAGUCUACUUGGGCUAAAAAGCUGGCAACAGCUAAAAGGGUUGGUAUUGAAUUUUUAUAAUGGUUUAAUGAAAUUUUUUAAUGAAUUUAUUUUGCUUAGAUAUUAUUUUAACCAUCGGUUUAUUUUUUACAUGUGUGAAUGAUGAACAUGGAUUAGGAAGUGCCGUCUGCAUAACCAGUGCUGAUUUCCUUAUCUGACUCACAUGUCUUAAAUUAGGUAGUCCAAACUAAAAUUUUCUAUACAUAGCAGACAUGUGGUGAGUUUCACCUGACAGAACUUUUUAUUCUAAGAUAUAGGCCACUUAUUUCAUGUGGAUAUCUCAAUAAAUAAAAAAAAGUUAUGCGAUUUUCAAAUUUGCUGAAAAUCGACCAAAAAUAGAUUUUUUUACCUUGUGAAAAAGUGCCAUGUUUAAGGACCUAUAUUUUCUAAAAUAAUCAACAGAGAAGUCCAGGAAUUGGUGUAUGUGCUUCAAAGUUUACAAUAUUUGAGCCCAAUUUUUUUUCAAGCAGCCAGAUCUAUUAAUUCUUAAGUUAUUAAAAAAUAAAAUAUAACAAGAAUGAUUUUUAGUCAUUUUUAUUUCCCGACAGGAAAGUGUAAAAAUACUCAUUUUCAAAAAUUUGUCAACAUUUCUGUUAUUGACUUACAUAAAUAUGUCAUACAUCAAAUUAAAGAUAAUUUUAAGCAGAACAACAUGCAUCAUCAAUAAACACUUAAAGGCACUAAAAUAAGUCUAAAAGUACCCACUUAACGUUUUUUUUUUAAAUGAAGGUUUAAAAAAUGUGUUUAGAAAAUGCAUUUUAUCACAUAAUUGUGAUAAAAUCAAAGGAAUAUGAUGUCAGAUGUGUUAACUAUUAAUUAAAAGACUCUUAAAAAAAUCAAUGCAGAGUAUUGUCAAAAAUAGACAGCAAUGGAGCAUAAAUUUUAAUUAAAUUGUCAGGGAAAUGCCUGGUCUAUCAACUGGGGGGUGACUGGGUAAGCUUCUGUAACCAAUUUGUAAUAUGCUUGUUGGUCUUAUUCCCCAGUAGCUUGAUAAGUGCAUUAUCAAUAGCAAUUGUCAACUCUAGCCACAAUGUUGCACCCAGGGUCAUCAUAGGUUUCUCCGCUGUGGAAUGAACAAUUAAACUUAGAGAGCAUACAACAUUGUUUUAAGUAUUCAUAGGUGUAAUAUAAAGACUAAAUAUUGAGAGAACUGGGCGAGUCCAUUUCAAUAGGCCUUAUAGGUACCGGUAGUACUAGUGAGUCUAAGAUGAAAUAAUAUUGAAACAAUUCUAACUCAGUUGUUUAAUUGAGUUUUAAUAAAUGCUUCACAAUCUCAUUGUCAAGAUAAGCUUACAAAUAAUUUUUUUAAUUAAUUUGCUGUGUAUAAUGUUUUAUUCACUUGAAGCCUCCUACCCCAGAUAAAAAUUUACGUCGGUCCACCCCAAUGUUUACUCGCCGGCAUCCAUUUUUAUUUUCUCGAUCAGACAGAAACCCCCUUUGAAAUCAACAAUACGAUCUUUAUUUUAAAAUUAUAUUUAUAAAAUAUAAGAAAGAUCAAACAUUAGCAUGUCUGCGACAUGUCUAUCAAUUUUUUUUAUCGCUAGACUGUCCUCAAUUAAAUACAUUUGGUCCGAUCGGCAACAUGUCUCCCAGUCAAGUUCACAAUUGCUCCAAUUCGUUAAAAUAUAUCUAAUAGCUGACGACACCAAAUUAAGUUUAACUCACUUCUAAUCAACAUUUACAUUCACUAAUACAUUAUAUGAAAAUUUAAUUAUAUUACUUACUUGUUGAUUAAAAGCCCCAACAUGGCUAAAAAAGCACCCGCCAUAACGCUGGUACUAGUCACCAAGCGCGCGUUAGGCGUCUAGUGCUAGCGGUGUGGAACUGGAAAUGGGGGUGUCUUUGUAAACAUCGCCGCUUCGCGAGAAUCAUGCCCAGUCAUUUGAUCUCGUGAUAUUAAAUAGUUUAAGACCUGAUCUUUCCAACGGUGUAAAGAAAGUCCUAAUAUCUCCAUGUUUUCGACCAUUUUUUUUAAUACGAAAGUUUUCAACCGGCUUUUUCAAAAUGAAAUAAGCAAGGUAGAUAAUAAUAAUCAAGUGUAUUUCAAAAACACGCUUCAUCCCCAAAGGCAUCAAACGAAAGGACAGCAUCUGCUCUUUCUUAUGGUGGUAGAAUUAAUGCGAUAACUUAAAUACACGCGAAGCUGUGGGCGUUUGAAACACCUUGGGGUAAACCGGUACUCGCGAAAACGCCGUAAAAUUGGUCAGAACUGAUACUUUUCAAACACAUGUUACAGUCCUACAAGUAACACAUUUCGCCAGAUAAAGACUUAACCUUUAUUCACAUAUAAAUUUUAUUGCUGUAUCGCUACUAGAAAAGGAUUAUUAUUUUUUUUUAAACUUCGAAAAAUGACCCUAAAACGCAUUUUUUUCUUUAGUUUGGACUACCUACUUAAAUUAAUCGGGAGUCCAUGUCCAUUGUUUCAAAAUUGUUUGUUGUCCCCUAAAACCAUUUUUAUUCCUUCAUAUAUAUAGAGAGCUGAGUUGACAGACUUUGAAAGGUUCAAGCUCAUGAAAGCUAAACAAGCGGUGAGUAAUAUCAACUGGAUCAGUAACCCUCUUUAACUUUUUUUUUCUUCAGUUUAUUGCCCAUCUUGACUUUAUAUUUUAUUGUUAAGCUAGAGCUUUAAGUGUAUGAUGAAGUUGGAUUAGGAAGUGCCGUCUGUAUGACUUGUGCUGAUUAUCCUGUUCUGACAAUUUUAAACGGUGUGUCUAUGUCUAGCGUGUGUUCAUCCGAGGUGCCAAAAAUCAAUUUAUUUGUUCGCUGUUAAUGUUAUUUUUAGUAAACUAAUUCAUUUCUUGAUGCAUUCAUCCUUUAUUCAUUAUUGUUAAUUGAUAUUUAGCAGCUAAAAUAUUUUAAAAAUAUAAAUCAAUUGCAAAGGGAAGCUAUUUCCCUUUGUUCAGGAAUAUGAGUUAAUUUAAACAAAUAUAGUCACAUCUAUUACAGUUUUUAUACAUUUUUUAUGUCAACUUGGUGGGCUCAGAAGUUUGCCAAUAUAUGUGUAGAAUAUAAAAAUAAUUUUAAUGUAUGAUUGUGAAAAACUAGUUUGUUUUUAAAAUGAUAAAGAGGCUAAUGGUUUAUAAAAUAAACAUUUCCUCGUUAUUUACCACACACACACACACCCACACACACCCCCACCCACACACACACACACACAAAAUUACAUUUUAAAUUCAGUUAUAAUGAUUUAUGUUGAUGAAUGAUGAAUACGGAUAUAGGAAGUGCCGUCUGUAUAGAAAGUGCUGAUUAUCCAGUUCUGACACUAAAAAUAGUAUUAAAUAGUUUUGAAUAUAGUUCUUUAUUCCUGUCUUUUUCAAUACCCUACAAUAUUUUUUUCAACAGCGCAACCGACUUAUUAAUGUUGAGUUUGGCAAAUUGAGGAAACAAGCACGCAAGGCACCAGCACAGCCCAAAACUAAGAAGCUUAAGAAGAAGGUUCCAGUUAAGGGAAAGAAAUAAUUUAUCUGCCCAAUAUUUUGUUACAUUAAAGUUUAUUGUAACAUUUGA